CAGGGAGGAGGGUUGUUGAAGGGGGGGGCGCUCCAAAUAAAGACCCUUCUUCCUCCGCUGCUCGUGAGGACCAGAACCCAGAGUCAACAGGUCGUCACUGCGCUGGUGAAGCGGGGGUUAAUGACGGAUUUACGCGCGUGUAAUGACGCAUUCAUACUGGAUGAGGCGCAGACAAUUUUGGGACUUGAAAUGAUGCAGGAGCUUAAUUUGGGGUUAAUUAACAAAAACAAAAAACAGCUGUCAACACGUUGAGGCACCAUGGAGAACUUUGACCUGCCGUCUUUCAGCACACCUUGCGUGAGCGAUCGUUUCCAAGAGGCGUCCGUGCGUUUUCAAACAACUCCCCACCUCUACAUUAGGACAUGCUGUGUUUGAUCCAGACCCCUCGCACACACUCGAGAGAUAUUUUCCAGUAAUAGAGAUGCAGGGCCGUUGUGUAGCGAGAGGCUUUGCCGGUCUGUCCGCGAUGCGCUCCUGCUGCCUCCUGCUGCUCCUCCUCCACUUGAGCGCACCGGUGGAGGCGAGGAGAGUGCGGGGCGGCCGAGCGCAAACUCGGCGGGUGCAGCAGCAGCAGCAGCUUCAGCAGCAACAGCAGCUUCAGCAGCAGCAGCAGCUUCAGCAGCAGCAGCCGGCUCAUGCGUACAGGGAGCGGGCGGAAGGAGCAGAGAGCUUCCCUUUAGACUUUACUGCCGUGGAGGGGAACAUGGAUAACUUCAUGGUGCAGAUUAAGAACUUGGCGCAGUCGCUGUACCCGUGCUCUGCGCAGAAACUGGAGCAAGACAUGAAGCUGCACUUUUUGAAGAAUGCGUCUGUGACGUGCAAUGAUGGGUCGCCUGCAGGGUACUACAUCAAGGAGUCGAAAGGAAGCAAGAGGUGGCUGCUGUUCUUAGAGGGUGGAUGGUACUGUUUCAACAGGCAGACCUGUGUCAGUAGGUAUGAGACCAUGAGGAGACUGAUGAGCUCCACCGAGUGGCCACAAACCAGAACAGGAACGGGAAUUCUGUCUCCCCAGCCAGAGGAAAACCCGCACUGGUGGAACGCCAACAUGGUGUUCAUCCCAUACUGCUCCAGUGACGUGUGGAGCGGAGCCACCCCAAAGACACAUCACAGUGACUAUGCGUUCAUGGGGUCACUGAUCAUUAAGGAGGUGGUGAAUGAGCUGCUGACAAAAGGUCUGGACAACGCCAAGGUUCUUCUUCUGGCAGGAAGCAGUGCGGGCGGCACAGGGGUCCUGCUGAACGUGGACCAUGUUGCUGAGCAGCUGCAGUCACAGGGCUACACCGGGGUGCAGGUGAGGGGCCUGGCUGACUCCGGAUGGUUCCUGGACAACAAACAGUACAAAUUCACAGAGUGCCUGGACACCAUCAGCUGUGCCCCCACUGAGGCCAUAAAGAGAGGUGUCAGGUACUGGGGCGGACUGGUGCCUGAAAGCUGCAGACAGGCCCAUGUUGGAGAGGAGUGGAACUGUUUCUUUGGAUAUAAAGUUUACCCCUCGUUAAAAAGCCCAGUGUUCGUGGUGCAGUGGCUGUUUGAUGAGGCCCAGCUGACUGUGGACAACAUCCACCUGACGGGACAACCCGUCCACGAGGGCCAGUGGAGGUACAUAGAGACCCUGGGGCAGGAGCUGAGGAGCACGCUGCGGGACGUACCGGCGAUGUUUGCUCCGGCCUGCUUGUCUCAUGAGCUCAUAACCAGAAGUUACUGGAUGGACAUUCAGGUGAAGGGCACCUCCCUGCCUCGCGCCCUCCACUGCUGGGACCGCAGCCUCCAGGACAACCUCAACAUCAACGGCAGCCAUGGCAACCACAGCCAACAAAGGCACAAGACCCCGCCCAUGAGGGGUUGCCCCCGGCAUCUGAUUGACAGCUGCCCGUGGCCUCACUGUAACCCGACCUGCCCGACCAUCCGGGACCAGGUGACGGGACAGGAGAUGAGCGUGAUCCAGUUCCUGAAGCACAUGGGCUUCGAUGUGCAGAAGAUGGCUCAGCAGCAGGGCAUGGACCCCAGGAGGCUGCUGGGAAUUCUAAAUAAUGGGAACUGAGUGAAGCCACUCUGCAGAGACGAGGGAAUGGGCAUAAAUGGAAGACGCAAAGAAAACCGAUGAGAAAACUGUCAGUUCUUCCAAACUACAAACAAAAUUAACUCAGCAUUUUAAAAACUGAGCCACUCCAAAAACUCUCAAGUGCCUCAUGAGUUUUAAACACAUAUCUAUGCCAUUAUUGUGAGGUGUACACAGAUACAAUGAAAGCUGGGUACAGUGUGUGUGUGUGUGUGUGUGUGUAAUGUAAAUACAUGAUGUGUAUAUGCAGAUGAGACUUGUGGUUAUAAUCUGAAAUAGUCUGAUGAUUUUCGAUGGGAUGGGUUUGUUGUUGUGGGGAUUUGGUGCUCUCUUCUGCCAUCUCUCAAAAUCACAAUCACAAAUCCAUCUUCAGUGCUGCUGUUUCUACCAUCCACCAAAUAUGCUGCUUUUUCUCAUUUUGAAAAACUAAUUUAAUGGGUAAUAUUUACAAAUAAAAGGUACACAGAUUUAAGUAUUACUCUAAGAUUCUCCUUCAGGCUACUUCAAGGUGCUUGUGUAUUUAUUUUUCAACUGAAAAUAUAUUUUAUUUAACGUACAGUUAGUGUAACGUCUCAAUAAUUUUUUUUAUUUGCAUGUUUGUAAAAAAAAAGAAAUCCUGUAUGCUAACAGUACAUAUCAUGUUCAUACGGUUUUUAAGACUGAGUUUGUAACUAAUCAUUUCUUGGGCUGUAGCAGUGCCCACACUUGACAAAAAAUGCAAAUACACACCAAUAUCAUAAAAGAUAAUUUAAUUAAAAAAGUAUGACAAUACAGUUGCAGUUAUCACCCUAAAAAAACUAAUUCAUAAAAAACAUUUACAGUUUUAGUUCCUCACACCCAAAACAACAAGUUUACCUACAACAUGGACACUGACAAAACGUUAUUUAUAAAAUCAAAAGGAUAAAAAAUAUUCACAGUCAGUAUGAAAGUGCUUCUACAAGAGAUGAAUGAAAUCUUUUUGAACUGACGAUAUCAGUUUCAAGAUUUUCAUAACUAUACAGGUUCUCAGUUUGAUUUUUAAAACUUAAAAACAACUGCAAACACAGGUGUCCAGUUCUCUUCCUCUAAUGUGCUGCCUCAGUUCUCAGUUCCUCUUCAGCAGUCAUCCUUUCUGUCGGCAGUCAUGCACAGCUAAUGUUCUUAUGGUUGUUCUGCUAAGGAAUCAGACAGCUAUAUUUCGUCUGGUGGUUUUGAUUUGUUUGUUUGUCCUCUAAAAUACUGCAGCCAGUAAAAAUACUUCCAAAUUUAAAAACUACCAAACGUAUAAUAUAUUUGAUUUUGGCUGUAUUUCUUGCUGCUCCUUUCUGAUGAUAUUCCAGUUAUAUUCCCAUAGGUGGAAGAUUUUUCCAGACCUCAGUCAGUGAUGAGUUUUCAGAGCUGCUUCAACAUGAAGAGCCCUGGAAAAGAAACAAAACCACCAGUAAGUAAAAGCUUCAGACACGAGUGAAGACGAGACGCUAAAGUAAAGACAAACAAAGGAGCAUCACAGACUCACCUGACUUGAGAGUCUUUGAGUGGGCGUUCGUUUCUGCUCAUGGAUGGACUGGAGGCGAGUGAUGAGAAACUUUUUAUCCUCUCCCUCCUGAACAGAGACAAUGAAGACAAAAAUCAGACGUGUCAAAACGAGGAAAACAUUUUUCACUUGAGUCUGUUUUAUAAAUAUCUUUAUAUUUUAACAUAAUGAGAUCUAAAUUAUGUAGGCGCUGUCUUUUUGUCUACAAAGCUCUCAGUGGCCUUGCCCCUCAUUAUAUCACUGAUCUCCUGAUGUCAAACUCUGCUGCCAGGUCAAUUAGAUCGUCCUCUUAAAAACCCCUUUCAAUCCCUGCUUUCUUGAGAUUGAGCUUCUUUGUUGUGGCCCCUAAAUUCUGGAAGAGUUGCUAAUUCAAAAUUUCUUUAGCUUAAAAUCAUAUUCAUAAUAUAAUUAAUAUUAUUUCAAUUUAAAAACCUACUUUUUUUUCAUUUACAUCUUUCUCUGUUUUUACUUUCUUUUAAUCCAUACUUGUAUCAUUUCUUCUUCCCUAUGAUUGUAAACCACUCUGGCUCAGCUCCUGUUGUUUUAAACAUGCUACAGAAAUAAAUCUGACUUGACGCGUCUUACAUUUUC